AUGGAGGAGCAAUUUGUAUUUGCCGAUGAUAAUCAACAACAUCAACAGCAAUCAGACGUGCCACAGCGCUCGCUGAGUAGCAAAGAAGAAUAUUUGAAUUUCUUUGAUCCAACACCUGUUCAGGAAGAUGUUUCAUCACAGGGGGCUCAAAAUCUAACACCACAAGCUAUUUUGGCGAGAUCGUCACUAUCCAAUGUCAAUUCGCCUAUUUUUAACAGCGGCAUUGGCAAUCAUGGUAAUAGCAAUAUGAAUGAGGGAACCCCGGAUAAUAUUUCGAGUUUGAAUGCCAAAAGAUCUGAUAGUAAUAACACUGAAAGCACGAGCUAUCAUAAUGGGGUACCUUCUUUAUCGAUGUCUCCUUCUAUAUUUACUCCGGCCGUGCCAAGUAACAUAAGUACUGGAAAUGGGACGGUACAGCGACCUCCGAAUUCUACCCCAGGAGCUGCUCCAUCUCCUCAGCAGAUACUGUCUCAGCAGGCAACGCCGCAGGCUCUUUUGGGUGACAUUUCAGAGGAUUCAAAUCCUGUUAGUCAAGCACCGAGCAGCAGUAAAGGCAAUCAUGUGUUUGCAGACCGUGCUGCUAUGUUUGCAGCACUUCAACAGCGGCAGCAGCAGAGACAACAAACUUCUCAGCAGCAACUGCUGCUGCAAAGACAGCAGGUACAGAAUCAGCUUCAAUCUCAAGUUCAGCAAGAGCAGUCUCAGAUGCCACAACAACAGCAACAACUCCUACUACAGCAACAGCUUCCCCAUAAUCAACGGCAGAAGCAACAACCACAAAGAUUACAGCUUUUGAAGCAACAGAAGCAGUUGUUUCAAGAAGAUCAAGGUACACAUAGUUUUGUGGAUCCUCAACAACCAAUUUUACAGCAGUUGCAGCAACAGAGAUCCAUGUUGCCACGACAGCAAUUCCCGGUGCAACAGCCUCAGCAAGAUGUCCGUCAGACAAUACCAUCUACUCAAACAAUGCCACCUACUCAACCAUCUACCCAACCAUCUACACCAGGGGCAUCACAAGCCACAAAUCAAAGGCAGAUGCUUCAGAACUUUGAACCUGAAGUGCAAAAACGUGUAUCACAAGAACUAAAUGGAAAGCAGUAUGAACUUUUUGUGAAAUAUUUUAUGGAGCACUGUAAGCGUUGUAGCAUUCCGUUCAACCCGAGUCCGGAAAUUUGCGGCAUACGGGUCAACUUGUUUAUCCUUUAUAUGCUAGUGCAGAGAAUGGGUGGUGCUGAAAAUGUCACUAGGAUUCAGCAAUGGGGGAAUCUGGCCCAAAAACUACAAAUAUAUGCUCCAAACAGUGAUGAAGAGCUUUCUUCGUAUUAUUAUAAUACCCUAAUGUCGUAUGAAAAAUACUUAAUGACCCCUGAUGGGAUGAAAGAAACUCAAACAAAACGCAUGAUAUUACAGCAGUGUUUGCAGGAGACUUUAAGGGCUGUUCAACAGGAACAAUUUGAAAAGAAACAAGUCCAGCCGCAGGUUCCAACACCAGUCCAAUCUCAGCUUCAUCCACCCCAGCCUCGCCAACAGCCUCUGUCUAUAAAUCAACCUCAAACACAUCCUCAACCCCAAUCUCAAACUCAACCUCAACCUCAAUCUCAGUCCCAGCCUCAGCCUCAAUUAUCACAGGCCCCAAUAGUCCAACAUAUGAUACCCCAGCACCACCUUCACCAAGCAAAGAUGCAAAGCCUUCGGGAAGCUCAAAAGUUGAAACAAAUGAAGCCACGAAAGCCCAGAGUAAAGAAGAAAACAAAGAAAGAGUUAGAAGAAGAAAGGAGACGACAGGAAGAAGCUCAAAGGCUACGAGACCUACAGUUGGAAAAACAAAGGCAAGAACAAAAACUUCUAUUAGAAGAACAACUAAGGGAACAACAAGAACUACUGCGGGAGCGCCGUAAGGAGCAAAUACGUAAGCUACCAAAAGUCUACAAAAGGUCAAUGAUAAGAAAUUAUGUUCCAAUUAAAAGACCAAUUGAGGGUCAAAAUGGAUAUGAUAUCAAGGGACUCGCGCAGUUAGGGGAGAAGAUCGAUGCUGUAAAACCUAUAUUUUUAUUUGCUCCUGAAUUGGGCACCAUUAACCUGCAUGCAAUCACUAUGGCUUUACAGUCCGAAAAUAACUGUGAAAUUAAUACAGCAUUGAAUACUUUGUUGGUUACUAGUGCUGACAAUAUUCUGAGAGUGCCCUUAAAAGAAACUCCGGAGUUGUUGGAUACGUUAUGCAUUUUGGCAUGUGACAAGUUGCACAGACUGUAUAAGAAUGAUUAUCACAGAAAAGUGACACAUGAUGGAAUUCAGAAAGCAUAUAAUGUUCAGGAACUAUUAUCGAAACCGUCCUCAUCCUGUAAUCAUACAUAUCAAGCGAUGGAUCAAAUAUUAACGGCGUACAAAAAGCAAGAAGAUUUUCCUGCGGAGGACGCUGUUAUAGAAGUUGAUUCUUUGACUGGAAUAGAUAUUUCCCAGUAUCCUAUUACACCAAUGGAGUUGCCUUUGGAUAUUGGGCCAGAUGAAGAGGAUAUACCAGUCACAAAGGUAGAUCCCCCCAAAUUUAGGCGCUGGAGUUAUAUAUUCGACUCCUUGAAAUCAGAUGGUUUAAAGAAGGAUGAUGAGUUGUCUGUAAUAUCAUAUAUGGCAGCAUUAAGAAUGGUUCGGAAUGAAGUGGAUACAUUAUUUACCGAUUGCCACAAGCGCGGCGCGGAAGACACCCAUAUUCUUUUUAUUGAUCAGCUUUCAACUAUAUCGAUGAUUCUAAGAAACCUUUCAUUUGAUGACACAAAUGCUACUGCAAUGGCAAAUAAUGUUCAUGUUAAUCGGUACAUUUUUGAAUUAUUAUGGAUGUUGUUUACGCAGAUGAAAAAGUUUAUUUUCCAUAGAAAAGUGCUUAACCUCAAGAAAGACAGUAUAAUUAUUCUAUCUAAUUUGUCUCAUUUAUUAAAGCUAGACAACGUUGUUGAUGGAUGUAUGCUAUUGUUUUUGAUUUUGAGCUUUGGAGAGCCAAAAGAGGAAUCCCAAACCAAUCUGAGGCUAACCUAUCCUGAAUAUUCUAUGAAGAUUGAAAAAUAUCGUUGUUAUGGAGUAGAUGUGAUCUCAAAGAUAAUGUCGCUUGGUUAUCCAAAUAGAUCUUACAUUAAAUCCAUAUUGUUGACGAACUUUGAUGAAGAAACUCCAGAGAGUAAAGUAUGUCUACAGGUAUUGCGCCGCUAUAACGGUAGCCAUAAAUUCAAGUUAUUUAAUGACGUUUUCUCAUUUAUCUCAUCAACGGUGCCAUUUAGGCAAUUAAAUCAAAUGCCCAAUCUGAUAGAGGAGUCGGUCGCAAUAAUUUUUCAAGCAAUUACAGCUUCAUUAGCAUUGGUCAAGUUCAUCAAUCCGUCCGAGGAAACCCCAUUUGUAGAAAAUAAUCUUCCUUAUUGGUGGCUUACUUCAGAAGAAUACCUAGGUUCCAGUAUUCGUCGGUUGGGGGAGGCAUUGUCCAAUAUGAGCGCUCAAAAUUCUAAUCUCAAAAACUUGAAACCGUUAUUUAACCUGAUUAGCCCGAAAUGCCUUGAGUUAGUAAGGCUAUUGAUAGAAAAGAGCAUGCAGAUAGCGUCUAUUUCUCCAGAUCGAGAGAUGAAUAUUACAGUUGCAAAAGGAAUUAUGGGUAUUUCGAACUUAUUUCCAAGUGAACCUGCUGCAAUUACAGUGAUGAUGAAUCCUGCUACUGAUUCCGACAUGGCCAGGGAAAUGGAACAAUUAUAUCGCCUAAACAAGGGGAUUCUGGCAAAAUUGCAGGUAUCUAACCUUUCGGGUUUUUAA